AAGGCAGAUUGUGAGCGGAUGGGCUAGAUCUGCGCUGCUCCACAGACCUCUCAGAGUCUGAAAGCUGCCCCGCUCUGUGCGUCCCGGCUCCCGUCUGCCACAGCGGAGUGACACAAAGAGAGCGAGGCUGAAGGAAAACGCUACAGUCAUGACUCUUCCGCCUUUGUCAACUUCACAGAUUCUCUCUUGAGAUCUGCAUUGCUUCAGUGCCAGAUCCUUAAUCCACAAUGAGGGGGAGGAGAUGAGCUUGCAUCGAGCAGCCCUGUUUCUGCAGUUCCUGCCACUGGACGCCUACUAAAUCCCAUUGUCCAGAAGAUGAGGUCCCUGACUCCCAGAUAGCAAUUCUGAGAACCAGGCCUUCACAGCACAGACUGUGCACCAUGGCAGGAGAGACCCAGCGGAUGCAUACAGUCAAAGAGCUGGAUGCAGAGUCCAAACUGCAGGAUGAGGGUACGGCACUGGAACAGCAGAGUGAAACAACCACAAAGGGGUCUUUGGAGCACUUUUCAAACACAGGCACUGAGGCCAGACUCAACAGCAGAGAGGCCAAAGCUGAAAACGUAGAGAAAGAACGGGACUGUCCUCAGCAGCGUGAAGCUGUCAUUCGGCCACAGCAGACGGGAAAGAUAGAUUUCAGAUCACUGCAGAACAGAACUAAAUUUGCCACUGACAGGACUUGGUCAAGUGGGAAAGGUAGUCCCCAGUCACCGAGUGGGAAGGGCCGCAGCCGAGAGAAGGGGAAGCGGUCAGGAAAGACAGAGCGUGGAAACCCACAGCAGCUGUACAGACUAAGCAUUACAAAUCCACGCACUGUUGGCAUUGCCUACCCCCAACAGAAAGUUCUGCCACCCAAGCAGUUGGAAACCAGUCGUGGCCCAGCGUCGGGCAGCUACAGGUUCCACGUUCCCAGUGCGCCAGAGAGAGAGGUUGAACUUCAGCAAGAAGAACUCAGCUAUAGUCGCUUCUUCCAGGAGAAUUCCCCUAACAUUACCUCUCCAAGCUAUACCUCACAUCCACUGGGUUCCUCGAGUGGAGCAGCAUCCCACCCACACCCACCUCUGUCACAGCAGCAACCAUCAAUGGAGAACAGCAGUGCACAGCCCGGUGGCCAGCUCAUCCUGACAGACUGUCAGCUGGGCGGCUCAAACGCGUGGCAAUCUCCUGAGAGGACUUUUAACGGUGCUAAUUAUGGGAUUUCAUCACAAAAAUCCACAUCCCUCACAGAAACCAGUAAGGCAAAUGCCUUUAUGCCCGGUCCAUUUCAGUAUGGAUAUCACUUACUGGAACAACCCGCAUCUGACUCCUUUCCCUGUGAACAGAACCCCCAAGCCCAGGACCUUACAAACUCUUCACUGGGCUCUGUUCACACCACCCACAACUCUUUUCCCUUUGCACCAGGAGAGGGGCAGAGCAUCGCUCAGAACAGCCCUCAGUUCACUAAUGAACUUCAGCUAGAGGAUAGAAGCUCUUAUCCCCAUCCCCCGCAGUCCCAGUUUAUUCCAGCGGUGGCUUCAUCCAUCCAGUGUCCCAGGAAUCUGAGAGAAGACUCACCCAGCAGUGACAGCUCCGGCUCACAGCAGUCAGAGCCGGGGAAGCCCGCUCUAGCUGAGAGCACAGAGAACACCGCACAGGCAGACAGUCAAGAUGCAGCCAUCACCUCUGGGAGUAAAAGAAACUGUCACCCUAAAGACACAGCUGUCAGCCAAAGAACGCUUAUGCAAGGUGGAGCACACACAAGGACUAUCUCACAAGCUCCUGGCUCUCCAAUGCACUUUCCCAACAGAACGUUUAACAGUCCUACAGUCGGUACCAUUUGCACAGGCUCAAUGCCUUUUGAUAAAAGUAUCACUAAUAACGCUCUGAACAGGUUACCGCACUCAUGGGAGGGGCCUAAUAAGACAUAUCCACCAGCUGAUCAAAACACAGUUCAGUACGCUGAUAUGAACGAGAAGUUUCAGUUUCAUAGCCAGGUGGCCGUCGACCACAGGCCAAACUCGUCCAAGAGCAGCAAAAUGCCCUGGCAGCAGAUUCGGCCAAGCGCUGCCAUGCCAGCGAACAGGAUGGAGUCAUCAAGGCAGAUGAGUAAUCAGAAACUGGCCUACAUCGUGUCCUCGUCUGACUGGCAGGAUGAGAGCAAAUCGCAUAAAACAAACUCCGUAAAAAGCCCCAGUCUGUUCCAGAGCAGCAGAGGUGCUGACGGACUCUCAACCCAAAGACAGGAGACCGUGAAGCACGCGGCUAACUCCGUCUCAGCAUUUAAAUUUGAGAUGAGCCACGCACAGCUGUGUGAGUCCAAGAAUAAGUCUGCAUACUUUGGACUGAAUCAGUCUCUCACAGCGGCGCCGUCGAGACACUACAGUUACCCGCCGUUGCAGGUCUCACCUAUGGGGCUUAUGAGGGUGUCCCCCUAUGAGUCCCCUCUACCCUCCCCCGUUCAUAACCACGCACCUAGCAGCACCUGCUCCUCCCUCUCUCCAGCAUCCACCAGCCCAGUAAACCUCAGCUCAGAUGAAAGCCAGCUGUCAAUAUCUGCCCCGCCUCACCCGUUUUACCAAGGUAAAGCUCAGAUACCUUCAGACCACCUAAGCACCUCUCACCAGUUUCAUUCCGAUCCCCCUCGAACUGUUCCCUACAUGCCAGACAGACCCAAAGAAGACAUGAUGGGUUGUCUGCAAAACCACACCCACCCAAAGACAUCUAUGGAUGGCAGUAAGGGCUACGUGGACAGUUUUGGUGUGGAGCAUCACCAGCCUCCUCCUCCCUACACUGAACACCCGCUCUUGGCCAGCUCGUUAGCCACGGCGUACCUGGAUCAGCUUGAUCUGAUCCUGACAUGCAAACAGUGCAAACAGAACUUCAACAACAUGCCUUCAUUUUUAGGCCACAAGAGGUAUUGUGCGCAGCACGCAUUCUCACAGGAUGACCUCAAAGACGUACCAAAGAUGGAGGACAAUAGAAAGUUUCACACAGAACCAGUUAAAGCAGCUCCAGCCGACGUUUCUCUGUCGAUAUGUCCAUCUGACCUUCACCUGUCCUUGUUGGGCCUCAACAAAAACGGAGAGCUGAUUUCUGAAAACGAAACAAAAGGAGACAGUAAAGAUGACCCACUGAAGCUGAAUUUGUUCUCCAGUCCUGGAAACCUUCCCAUUCCUCUCCCAGAGCUGGAAACGGAGGAUGCUAAACUAGACAGCUUGAUAACAGAAGCUCUGAAUGGACUAUCGGGCUAUCAGUCAGACAACGCUGAGAUAGACAGCAGCUUCAUUGAUGCCUUUGUUGAUGAUGACCUCACCACUGUCAAAACAUCAUCAAGCAAGCAAUGUCUGAAAACAAAAGAGUCUGUUGCCUUUGAGAGCAAAAACAAACAAGCCGCCGACAACAGAUCUUUCACGCAGGGAAAGUAUGGUUACGACUCCGAUGCUGAGAGCCAGGAGAAAACGUCCGCAAGUUUGGGAGAAGACGAGAAAAAAGAAGCCUCUCAUAAAAAUUCAAGAAUCGCCUCGAGGGAGAAGACGUGGGAACAGGAGAGCAAAGUGAAGGAGGCGAGAGAGCUGUGUAAGAAUGAGGACAAAAACACAAACACACAAAGGUUCCUGUUAUCCAGCAAGUUUUCUGAGCGCUGUGGUUUAAAAAGCUUUCAGGACAACGCUGCGCUUCUCGGGUCAGUGCCCUCACAGGCCUCCACAUCUCCAAACUCCAAACCCGCUGCUAGAGAAAGCAAGAGGAAAAGCACCGGAGGGGGCACCUGGAGCAAAGAGCUGAUUCACAAAAUAGUUCAGCAAAAAAACAAACUGCACAAGCUGCAUGUUAAAGGAACUAAAAAUCUCCAGUUCUCCUUAGUGAUGGAGAGGCUCACCCCCGCGGUGCAGAAUCCUGCUUUUGGAGAGUACGACUACGUCUCAGACUCGGAUGAUGAAUGCGAGCCGGUGAAGAUAGCGAGCCAGGGCCGGCUGAAUCAAAGCAGCCGCUGCAAAUACACGUACACCAAACAGUGUAAAUGGCGCGCCAGGAGCGAGCGAGACCAGGCGGUGUGGAGACAAGAGUCCAAGGAGUGCUUUGAGAUGAAAAAAAGCGAGGAGUUGUCGCUCACACCUGAGAAACCUGGUUCUCACCAGAGACUCGGCAGGAGAGGCAGCAGGUCGUCCACAAGCAGCGACCUCAGCACAUCCGUGAGUGUUUCCAGCGAUGGCAUCAACAGCCCCAAAAGCACUGAUCGCACCGACUCAGACAGCGAGAAGAGGACGGACAAAAGGAAAGAGUCUCCAGAGCAGAAAGGCCACGACAGGUCUACCCUGCAGAAGUUAUUUAAGGAGUCCAGCACGCUAGCACUGACAUUCACCAAGUCUGUCAAGAAAUACAACGCCGACAAGGCCGUUGCUUCUGAUAACAGAGAAAGUUCUGAAGACCUGAAGAAAAAUCAGUCCAAUUCAGAAGCUGCUGAUCAGCUGAAGUCCUCCCAAAAAGCAAGAGACGCGUUGAAGAACUCUAAAACAAAAUCAAAAGAAAAACUCAUGUCUCCAAAAAAAGAACCUGGCAGAAACAUCCAACAAAGAGCCGACAAACGGAUGCCAGAGGAACCAACAGAGUUCAGCAGCAGCACAGAUAACAGGACAUUAGAGGCUGAUUCACAGGAUCCAACUAUCACCAACGAUUCUGACUUCAACGGUGACACAAAGGGCAAAAGAGAAGACGAGUCACACGCCACCCAGCCCAAGCUAUCGGGCGCCGCCACAUUGGAGAAACAGAGUAAUGGUGUCUGCAUGGUGAAGGAGGCCAUUACUUCAGUCAGUGACCUAGACACACCCAGACCGCCAUCUAUUUGCACAUCUUUGAUGGAUGAGGUGUGUCUGUCCCCGACUGAGACCCACAAAGAUGCACUCCACCUCAUGCCCUACCCACUGGACCAGGAGCAAGGCCUCAUGAAGUCACCGCUUUCUUUUGACACCUCAUCAAUAUUUGGGGACCUUACGGGAUUUGACAGCAGCCUUUACUCCGAGCACCCCGUUCACAAAGAGGGUUUCCCCUCUUUAGAGACUGCGGCUGAGAAAAAGGAAGAGUUUGUGUCGUCUUUUUCUUCUUUUAUGGAGCAAAGAGACUGGAACCUCAUGGUUCACCCCGCGCUACAAGAUGUGAUAGCUCCGUAUAAAAGCAGCUCUGAAAAACCAAAUGAAAAGAAGUCUGACUACAACCACAUUCCUCUUUCUCUGCCAGAAAAAAUUAUUGACUACAGUGCGACUCUCAGCAGCUGCGUAUCAGAGGACGAGCUGGAGAUCAAGAGAAUCGUGAACGAGCUUGAAAACCAGCUGCAGACGACUAAGUUGAAAAGUCCGCCUCUGCUGGAUCAGGAUGCCCCCAAGCAGCUUCAAAUGAGCAAGUUUUCACCUUUACAUCUAGGCGAGGAGAGCGUAAAAUGCCCAGAGCAAAGAAUGGAUCCACCUGUUUCCAGGAUGCCUCCGGAGCCUUUCACUGAAGCGGACCUCACGUGGCCCGGAGAGUUCCAGUUUGAGCUAAUGGAAGAGAAUCACAGCCCCGAAAUCCCGGAUCACAAUGAACCGGCAGCACAAAAACACAAACCGCUCCAUCACGACCCAAAACUACCAGGGAGAAAUACGGAAAAGGAGACACCUGCUGAAACAAAGGAGGAGAUUUUAGAGCAGGAGCAAUACGCAGAAACCCUCAUGAAGAGCCUAGAGGUGAUUUCAGACUCUGUAUUCAAAAAAGAACCUGUUAUAUCAGCACAGCAGAGUCCAAAUGUCAACUCUCUCUCAAGUCAACAACACGAGAGGAGUGAAUGUCAGGCCGCUGAUGCAGUUGGGAGAGAAGAUCGUUGUGAAAAGGAAGCAAUUACCGCGGAGGAGAAUAUUUCAUCGCUUCCAAAUAUCAAUGAGCGGGAGGAUGAAAUUGAAUUCAUUCUCGAUGAGUCACAGUCAUCUCUCUCCAACGAGAGUGACCCUUCAGUCGGUCACAUCCAGCCAAUUUCACCGCCGCCAAGUGAACCCGCAGAAAACGGGGAUUACAAGGCUGAGCCCAAAGUCGCAUCAGAAGAGCAUAUCGCCACAAACCGCCAGUUCACGGAGUCUGCUCGCUGCUCGAGUGCUCUGACCCAUCAUUCGUGCCUCUUUGGAAAGUCUGCGGAAGAUCAUUUAAAUCAAAUUAUUCUAAACAGCAGCGACGUGAGAGAAUAUGCACCUACAGAUGAGGAGGCAGAGGCGGUAAUGUCGAUCACUCUCCAGCCUGAAGGUCGUCCCUCAUCACCGGCUCUGCCUGGCUCCACUCAAGAGGAUGACACAAAAAUGGCUGAUGUGAUUAAAGCUGUGCUGGAGCAACGGUCGUCUGGUGACAAACCUGAAGACAUGAGCUCAUCACAAGCCAGUGAACUGAAAGCUGAUAACACAGCUGGAGAAAUAACAUCAAAACAAGAUAAUCUGAGCUUAAUUUCUCCCUUUAAAACCUCCAGCCCUUUAAAUACAAUCAGCAAAACAAACAUAUCGUUAGAAAUGGCCACCGUAGACGAGCCCUGCGGCCCCAUUAUGGUGAAAACGAGUGCAAAAAGCUGCUGUUCACCCCUCCACGCCACCCAGUCUGCAGAGGGACAAAGCAAUCUGUUGAUCCUGUCACGCUCUGAUGACAUCAUUAACAGCGAUUCCUGCAAAAUGGCUCAGUUUAAUGAGUCGUUGAAAGCUGGCGUGGGUCUGGACUUCGAGUCUGCGCAGAAACAAGAGGAGAUUCUGAAUGUUCAGGACAUCAAAGAGCAUCUUCCUGUUGAUUUCAUGGCAAGUCAGCAAAACUCCCCGUGCAGAGAGGCAGCCGAAGAAAGUCACUGCAUUUUUUUAGAAGCCGCCCCAUCUGCCACUCCUCUUUUAUUAAUCUCCCCUUCACGACCCGUGCAGGAAUUCGACUCGGAAGAGGAUUUGAGUGGGUCUAAAAAUAAAUGCUCUAAUGAAUAUAUUGAUCAAGGCUCUGAAAAUGAAUUAAAAGAUGUCGACCCAAAUCUGAAAGAGGCUGUAAACAGCGACUGCUGUCUGGUUGACACACCUCAGUUGGACUUGAGGAUCACAGAGUGUAAAAUCUCUGAACCAGUCGGCUCCUCUCCACUUCCUGUGAGCAGCGCGGCAGAACCACCGGAGGUGACAGGCGGACUUGAAAAGAGCGAUCUGAUGUAUGAUUUAAAGCUCAGCCCUCUGAACUACGACGUCCUCUCAGGUGAAGCUCAGCCGCUGAAUCAGUACGACUACAUUCCCAUCUCACCUGCCAGUAAACCUGAGGAAAACCUCAGCGCCCAGCAGCGACCUGGAGAUGACUGUGAAUCAUGUGACUUGAACGUCAACUCUGCACUGAUUUUUGAUCAAACCAGAACAGAAACAGGAAUGUUGCUGAAUGCGGAUCCCAGAGCUAAACUGGAUCCAUCAGAUGAACCUCUGAAGUUCACAUGCUUUUCCUUGGGUCUCACAGACGAGAUGAAACAAAUGGAUUCCUCAGACGGUGGCGUGAAGACGAGCUUAGAGGCUGAGGAUUUGCAGAUCCACUCCGACCUCCUCCUGAGAAACACUGAAGCUGAUCAUCACAAGGCUUCUUCUGAAGACGACGUCCUUCUCAAAAACGAACUUUCAGAUGCAGAUCUGCCCACUUCUAAACCACUUGUGUAUGAAGGCGAGCCCCUUCCAGUGGACCAAUCAGAGAAGCAACAAACACUUCACCAGCCACACAAAGAAACGCUGCCGAGGAAGACGCCGAGCGGUGAUCCACAGGGUAAAGAGCUCUGUGAGAUUUGUUUCAUGUGUUUCAGAACUGUGCCCGGCUUAAAGAGACACAAGGCCAUGAAGCAUUCGGUCAGAGCUGAGAAAUGCGUUGGCCCACAGAGCGCAACACCAAACCAUCAGGGGGCCGCGCUGAUUUAUGAAGCUUCACAAACUACAGAGAAAAGGCCUAAAGACGAUUCACACAUUUGCUCCCCAACAAAAAUAGUUGCGCUGCCUGAGAUAAGCGGCUCCCUCGUAUCUAAAGCAGCAGAGGGUGAGCCGGUUCCGGAGGAGGUGGCGACUGAGGCGAUGGCGGUGGCAGCAGACGAGACGAGCCACCAAAACUCUGCGCUGCCAGCAAAGACAAAAAGGAACAACAAAGCUAGAAAGAACAAGAACAGUGAGCUGAAUCCUGACCCCUUCUCUGAUGAGCUGCUGAAUAUAUUAAAAACAGACAUUCUCCAAGCUAUAACUCCUGAAUUCAAAAGCGGCACGCUGCAGGAGCGAGGCGAGUCCCCUGAGGUAAAAAUCAAUGACAGAAGAACUGCUGGAACAGAAGAAAUCCCUCACUGUGUUCCUUCAGACGCAGCGCUUAACAACACGACCCGGACUCCAACAAAAGUGGCUAAUUCGCUCAGCGAAGCUGUGGGGCACAUUCGGUUCGCUGACACGGAGGCGACGGAGUGUACAAGCACGCCGGAGAUGUCGUAUUUAGACGUGUGUGUGGAUGUUAAUGCAGAAACAUCAGAGAAGGAAAUAACUGGAGAAAGUGACGAGCCCAGGAAGAGUCUGUGCUUUGUGGAAGAGAUGUGUGAAGCAGCAGGAGCGAGGCACAACCUCGCCCUGGAGAUUCUCGGAAACGUGUCAACAGAGGUUAGGUGUGGGGGGAAACAGAGCCCCUCCAUUGAUAUAAACCCCCCCUCCCCUCCCAGUCCUCCCAGCAUCAGUCCGGACCUCAGAGCCCUGCUCGACGACGACACCACCUUCUCUCAGCUCUUCCCCAGAGACGAGGAGGCGAAGAGGAAAAAGUGCCCGAGGGUUUACAGCAAGAGAAACAAAAGGCCAAAGUUAUCGCAGCAGUCAGACUUGACUGGAGACUUUCUUCCUCCUGAAGCCUUCCUGCAGCACAACGAUGGGUACGUGGAAGCUGAGCAGACCUCCAACACCCAAACCAGCCACUGUGAAUACAAGACCAUUUCCAUUGAUGAUGCCAUCAUGUUAAACAUGUGCCACAACGGUUCUUUGAAGGCUGAUAGUAAACCGAGUGAUGAGCAGGAUGAUCGCAGCACCGUCAAAGAGCUCAGCGGCGACCUGGUGGACCUUCUGGAGGGCACUGUUGAUGAAUCUACAGCUGAAUGGAGCGGCUCCAGUGACUUUGUUGGCUUUAACGACGGCUCAUCGUUGACCUCUGAGCCCAGCGUUUGUAAACCAGAAGAAGCGCUGAGCCCGUCCUGUCCUGUGCCAGCUGAUCCCCGCACGGCUAAACUGUGUUCCCCAGAAGGUCCACAAACCUUCCACAGCAUCGACAUACAAAAUAUUAACACAACAUUCCAGCUUCCCGAUAUCCAGUUCUUUGACUCCGAUAAAGAAAUCUCCGUAGCUCCGCCUCUCGAAGCUCGAGACGCUGACGGGAAAGAUGAGGAAAAGUCCAAAAAGGCGUCGGAGCGGCGAGGCAAGAAACGGCAAGAGGGAGGAAUGAAGGUCAAAGACAAGCAGUACAAAUGUAAAGUGUGUUUCACUUGGUUCCUCACACUGGGUGAGCUGAACUUUCACAAACUCUCCCACAACCCUUCUCCGCCUCCGACCUGUUACAUGUGCGUCCAGCGCAAGUUCAGCUCCAGGGAGCAGCUGAGGGAUCACCUGAGGGAGAAACACGCCAAGAACAAGACGGGUAUCUGGACCUGUGGCAUGUGCCUGAAGGAGAUAUCAGAUGUGUGGAUGUACAACGAGCACCUACGGGAGCACGCCACACAGUUUGCCAGGAGAGGUCAGACUCAAGGCUCCAUGUUGGGUCUCCCAGGGUGUUUCAUGCAAGAGACAGCAGUGAAGAACUUUAUUUCCUCAAUCAUGCAGCAGCGUCCCAGUAAAACCAGCAGGGAGUCCAACAAAGCUACCAAAGACCAGGAAAGGCUGGUUUCUGCAGAUGGCACUGAGACUAAGCUGCAUAAGACCAAAAGCAGCAGUGGAGGAAGUGGGAAGCAGAGUGUGCUGACCCCGCUUGAAUUCCUGAAAAAGGCAGAAACCCCCAAAAGUCUAGAGAUGCACCCAAACUGCAAAGACCCCUCCAGAGACUGCCACCACUGUGGUAAACAGUUCCCCAAACCUUUCAAACUCCAAAGGCAUUUAGUGGUGCACAACCUGGAGAGGAUUUUCCUGUGCCACAAGUGCCCCGUCUCUUACCAGGAGGCCCAGGAUCUCAAAGAGCACCUGAAGAGAGCUCACGAGGAGGCGGACGAGCCGGACUCCAAACACACCACGCUUUACACCUGCGAGCUCUGUGCCGACGUCAUGCACGUGAUUAAAAAGUCCUUCAUCUGCAGCACCUGCAACUACACCUUCUCCAAGAAAGAGCAGUUCGAUCGGCACAUGGAGAAGCACCUGUCAGGGGGGAGCAAAAUCUUCAAAUUCCGGGGAGUUCUCAGGCCUGUCAAAGCGUCAGCGUCCAGAGAAGAUGAAUGUGAUUCGCCUGCAAGUAAAAAGAGGAGAAUUCUCUCUGACAGUUUGCCAGAAAACAGCCCAGACAGCGGCAUCGCCAGUUUGAGCUCACUGCACUUAAAUCAAAACGGUGAAGCACAGUCGUCAAAGCGCUCGGUGUCCACCGUCGAUGACGCCACUCAGACGUUCACAAACGAAUACCACGACACAAACAACAUGAGUGUGAAGAUGGAGGACGUUUCUGCAGAAUGCUCUCAACUAGGAGAGUCUGCUGCUAGCAAGGAGGAUGAAGCUGACUUAUCUCCCUCGGCUGAUCGUGAUAAAGCAGGUGACAAAGAACCAGUUAGUGAACCGUGCAAUGUGAAAGAAGAGAAGGAGUCAGUCUGCAUAAGAACGGAGGAAACUUCAUGGUCUAAAGAAAGUUUCAGCAAGAGAGAGGAAGUAGUUAGAGCUAAGGAAGGUGACUUUACUGAAAGUGAAGGUAAAACAGAUUCGCCUACAGCUACAGAGAACUCUUUUGUCAGCUCGACAGGAAAUCAAAUCCUCCUGAAGACGCCUGAGUCUGCAAAGCCUGAAUUAGCUGCUGCUGAGACGAACAAGCAGGAGGAGGAUGAGCAGAGGCGUCACGCAUUGUCUUCUAAUGACAGUAAACAGCAGUUAUCAUCUCAUGGUGGUGAGCAGAAAAGCAGUCAAGUGAAAAACAACACUAGCCCGGCUACAACGCCGUACAAAACCAAAACCAGCUCCGUGAUGAACGGUGCAAAGCCUGCAGAAGCAACUCCGGUCAUCCCGACCAAGGCUUCCCCCCUGGCAUCCACCACAAACGAGGACUUGGUGAAGCCGCAGAAGAGGAGGAAGGAUGUGAAAUCUGCACAUGCUCUGCAGCGGGUUUCAUCUCCAGCUGCACAGGAAAACGUAGCUGUCGACGCUAAAGCCAAAAAGAAAUUUCGCCCGAAUAAGUGUGCAAACCCCUCCCUGCAAAGAAAGUCCGACGGAGGCCACGAGUACCCCGUGCUGUCCUCGGUACGGGACGACGUCGUCAGCAACAAACUCGUUUCCAAGUGCAAGAAUGUGAGCCUGAGCUUGCAGUCAAAAAGAGGUUUGCUGGAAAGCUGCUCACCAAAGAAAGUCGACAUUAUCACGCCUCAAAAUGGGGAUUAUAAACUCAAAAAGGGACCUCUUGGGAGAUCUGUGCAUUCUCCUGUAUCUAAAGUGUCUUCAGUUCCUGUGAACAACUCUUUGAAUAAACCAAGGCCAAAGAUGGGGGUCAGGUCGGUGGAGAGUAAGUCGUAUCGGACGGCGGAGUCCCAGAAUCACCUUCUGAGUCAGCUGUUUGGCCAAAAACUCCCCAGCUUCAAGAUUCCUUUGAGGAAGGACACGUCAGAGUCUAUUAACUGAGGGGGGGUAGGGGGGUGGGGGGUAUCUGUGAAUAGGAGUCUGUAAAUGUUCAGUUUUAAAUGUUUAAGACAAUUCAUUAUGGUGAAUGAGAUUGCACAGCUCUUUUCUGUGAAAUGCUAUCUUUAAAUACUUCCAUAGUCACUUUAUGUCUUCUUUGUACGUGUUUUUAUCACACAAGUGCGAGGACGAACGGCAGAUGCAUUUAGGAGAAAUCAGAGAUUACACUUAUAUCAUUUCCAUAAAGGAGAAAGCCAAAAGAAUACUUGAAAACACGUGUUGUUUUACAAAACCCAGUUUGCAUUUCUUACAUAAACAUUUGAGUCUUCUGAAGGACUAAAUCAUGCCAUUCCUAACAUGGACGGUUGUUUGUGCACCUUUUCAUACAUUCUAUCAACUUACUCAUUUUGUACUUUUGACUUUACUGUACUGCGGUGACAUUCACGAUCCCAGACCUGUUCUAUGUAUGAACAUCACCUGGUGCUACAUGUUGUUUUUCUGUAAUGUGAAUGCUAAUAUCCUCAGAAGGGAGCACGAGAUCUGUAGCAGGAACAGUUUAUACAUCCAACUGUAUUUUAUUGAACAAACUGUAUAAACCAUCCAAGUCAUUCACACGUACGCUGAUAGGACUCACAAUUAGGACAGCUCCUGGUGUAAAAACUCAGGUGCACACAAGUCCAAAAGCCUGUAUUCGGAGUUCUUUCCAUGCACUGAUAAUACCACACACAAAUGACAAACUCAUUUAUCUGUGUCUGUAACUCCAAAUGUUUAAUUAUUAAUAGUAUUUACUAGGACAACAAAGGUGCUUUAUCUUGUUUAUACUGUAUGUACCUUCAUUGUAUGAUAUUGUAGGUAGACUGUUGUUUGGUGUAAUGCUUCGUGUCAAAGUUUUAUUUUAAUAAUGUGCAAAAUGAAUGAGAUUGAAAAAGAAAAGGGAAACGCCAUGCCUCUUUGUAAGUUUGUAAAGUGGUUCACUAAGUGCCUCCUUUACCGUUGGUUAUUAAAGAUCUGUAUUGAUCUCUCA